AUCAGUUAAGAUUUGGGCUUUUGCCUGGGUUUGCCUCUGGAUGAAAAGUUCACAAGGACUCAAAAUUUCUCAUACGAUUAGACCGGCAUGUGGAAGAGGUUAUGUUGUUCAUAGUAAACAAAGUGAAGAGCCAAAAACGCUGUAUUUCGUCCGUCAUUAUUUGUUUAAUGCUGUCGUCACAUUGAAUUUUUAGGGUUGAAAAUGUCUGUUCAAUUUUCUAAGGUGUGCUCUUUGAUUUUACUUGAACAUUUUGGAGAAAUAGUUGAGAAAGUUGGCACAGACCUGUUUCAGUGGGGUCCCAAGCCCUUGACUUUGAUUGCCUCCUCUACAAAAUUGUCGAUUGACAAGGUAAAACAAUCUCUGUGCGUCCUCCUGCAAUACGGGCUAGCAAGUUUUGCAGCGGCCAAAAAUGGACGGAUUGCUGAGUACUCUCUUCUUCCAGAAAAAGUUUUCUCUCUUCUUAGAUAUCCUAGGUACCUUUACCUAAUCAAAACAAAGUUUGGUGUUGAGGCUGAGAUGUUAGUGGAAGAAUUUCUAAGAUCAGGAUAUGAUUCUGCGUCAAAAGUCAUUCUCCGGGCAGCUUCACGACUGAAAGAGACGAGGCCAGGCUCUGAAGGAGGCUCCAACUUUCCUUUAUUAAGAGACAAGUUUGUCUUGCUGGUUAAUAAACAAUUUCUUGUGCGCUGUCCCUCACCUUCAGAAAACACUGACGGGAAGGCGUCAGCUGUUCCUAAUCUUACAGCAGAGAAAACUCAGUUGCACCUACCUCCAACUUUAAAUAUUAAGUCACUGACGCUACUGCAAGAAGGUGAAACUGCUGAUGCUGGUGACAUAGGGGUUUAUUGGAGUGUAAACUUUGACCGGUUUCAUCAAGACUUUCGUGACCAAAUCAUAGUUUCGUCUGUAUCCAGAAGAAUAGAUGAAAGUGCCAGUGAAAUUUUUCGGUUGUUGCUGCAGCUCAUGUACAUCCGAACCGAACCAUGGGCUAGGUCAUCAAACUAUAUCCCAUAUUCAGAACUUCGGGAUACCUUAAGAAAAAAGGAUCCACAGUCACCCAUACUAUUGCACCUGGAACAGUAUCUGAAAAUUAUUGAGGCUGAUUCUACUUGUUUCUUAACUCGUGUUGGAGAUAGUGGAGGUGGACAGUUCUGCAUAAACAUGUAUAAAAUAUUUGAGGCUCUUACAUGGACAUGCAUAGAAAACAUUAUUGUGGAACGUUUUGGAUCCAAAGCAGCUCGAAUAUUCAGGCUGGUAAAGGCCAGAAAACACAUUGAGCAAGAAAAAAUCCAGAAGAUUGCCAUGAUCCCUGCCAGAGAAGCAAAACAGCUAACUUACAGAUUAUUGCAUGAGAAUUUCUUGCAAUUACAAGAGAUUCGAAAAUCAAUGGCAAACAAUGCUGGUCCAAACAAAAUGUUCUUCCUCUUUCACAUUGAUCUAGAAGAGGUGGCCCGCAUGGUUCUUGACUUCAGUUAUAAGGCUCUUUAUAAUGCAAUGACACGCAGGGCCCAUGAAAGUGAUGAAAAUAGGAGACUAAUUGAAAAGAAGCAGAGAAUAGACUCAAUAGCUCUCAACAUGACAGAACAAGGAGCAACACCAGACCAGUUACAAGAGAUUGAAGAAAUGAUGGCACCCCCAGAGGUGGAUCUUUUAAACAAAGUGAAGAAUAGGGUUCAAAAAUUAAGUGAAGCUGAACUCCAUUUAGAACAGACAAUAUUUCUUAUGCAACUGUUUUUAAGCUACAAUCAGCAAUAGUGACCUGAGAUAAUUUUUUAACCCUUGGAGUCUCACAGAAAAAAUUGUUAUAAUAUGGUGGGAAGUGGGCAUACAUCUGCCACGUGCCAUUUAAACAGUGCCUCCUUAUGACGUUUGUAUGAAGUUUCGCUGUCAAUACCUUGUUAUCAUUUGUUGUAAUUAGAAUUGGGAAGUAUGACAUUUUUCAAAAAUCAA